UCCGCCCUCUGCCCGCAGCUCGGUCCAGCGCCGCCCGCCUCGCCGGGCCCGCGCCGGGAUGGGGUAGGGACAGCGCCACGGAGUCGGGCGAUGGGCCGCCCUCUGGGCACCGAGCAGCCCCCCGAGGCCUGAGCGACCGCGAGGACCGGCGGAGGACCCCCGCCUGGAUGUCAAACGGAUGCCCCAGUGCCUCCCAGAGGACUCGGUGGGGACCAUGGCUUCGCUAAUGCCCCUCUCUCCAUAUCUAAGCCCCACUGUCCUCCUGCUGGUCAGUUGUGACCUGGGCUUUGUACGAGCAGACCGGCCUCCCUCUCCUGUGAAUGUGACAGUCACUCACCUCAGAGCCAACUCGGCCACUGUGUCUUGGGACGUCCCAGAAGGCAACAUCGUCAUUGGCUACUCCAUUUCCCAGCAACGACAGAAUGGACCGGGGCAACGUGUGAUCCGGGAGGUGAACACCACCACUCGGGCCUGUGCCCUCUGGGGCCUGGCUGAAGACAGUGACUACACAGUGCAGGUCAGGAGCAUCGGCCUUCGGGGAGAGAGCCCCCCAGGGCCGCGGGUGCACUUCCGAACUCUCAAGGGUUCUGACCGGCUACCCUCAAACAGCUCGAGCCCAGGUGACAUCACAGUGGAGGGUCUGGAUGGAGAGCGACCUCUGCAGACGGGGGAAGUGGUCAUCAUUGUGGUGGUAUUGCUCAUGUGGGCUGCUGUAAUUGGGCUAUUCUGCCGUCAGUAUGACAUCAUCAAGGACAAUGACUCCAACAAUAACCCCAAGGAGAAGGGGAAGGGACCGGAACAGAGUCCUCAGGGAAGGCCAGUGGGGGCGAGACAGAAAAACUCACCCUCCAUCAACACCAUUGACGUAUGAGUGAAGAAACAGAACCAGAAGACAGAUGCACUAACAUCUUGGGGAUGGGGAUGGGGUCAGGGAGAGCCCAAGAUGGUGAUUUGCCCAAGACUGAAGGAUCGAUCCCACAGUCUCCCAGAGGGUAAUGACACUCCCACAAUCUCAGGCCUGGCAUCCAUUCUCUUUCCACUGUGAGCAGGGCCAGAAGGUAGGUCUGUUAGGGUCUGAGCCCCUGGACCUGGGGAGUGGAUAUCAGAUGGGAUAUGUCCUUCCAUCCCCCAGGUCCAGGAGAGAGUCACUUGUUCAACCCUAUCCCAUUAGGUCCCAAAUGGGGCCCCCAUUUCACCUGCAUCAGAAUCCUUGGCAUCCCCAGCUGCCCCCACAUCUUGCCUCUGGGUCUCAGAGAGGAGUGUUUCUGUGGGUACGCCACCUCCCCCAGCAAAUAAAAGGAAUUGUCUGGGCCUGGAGACAGAUGCUGCACUGCACUACUCCAAUGUCUUCCAUGGAGCCUCAGGUGCGCCCCCUCUCACCUGGCAGCCCCUUCAGCUGCUGGUGAUCUCACUCCUUGGACAUUUUUCCAAUAAAGUUUCUUGGACAAACUGGAGCCGACUGUAUGGGAUACUGUCUAAUAUGCUGAAAACAUUUCUCCACUGUCUCUCCCCUGACUACAAGGGCCCUUCACACCACCACCAACUUGACAGGAGCAGACUCUUAUUUGAAGGUGUUUGCUUUGAUUCUCCAGCCUGGAAUUGGGUGGAGCAGAGCCAGAAAGAGGCAUAGAAAACCAAGGCCCUAGAUUCUUUUCCUUUUUUGGGUGAGAAGGGGGAGCAGGAAAAAAAGAGGAUAUAAAUUCUUCAUGUACUAAUGGAAACUAAGGUUAUGGCACAUGAGAAGGCCAGUAGCCUUUUUAUCUUCACUGCCCACAUCGGCAGCCCAGCUCCUCACCAUUUAUUCCUCUGAUUUCAUCAACCCUGAGCUAAUUUUCAGAAAAGGACUGAACAGGGUCUUGGGACAAAUGAAAGAACAGCUACACUAAUGGAUCCCUGGGUGCCAGGUGUUCCUCUCCCAUGCAUUUCUGUGCCUAUUCUUCCCUGCCCUUGCUUUCCCUUUUGUCUGUAUGUCUCUCUGUUCAUUCGGUCAAAGUCAGUAAUAAUUGUGAAGAAUAAAUGAGUUUAUAUUCACUCUCGGCCA